CUCCUUCCCUGCGCCUUGCUGAGCUGGAAAAUGGCUGUGCAUAGGGCCAGGGAGUUAUGAACGACAGAAGUACGGCGCAGUUAAAAGUUAAAUCAGACCUGUCGCCUGAACAUUCUUACACACUAAGAACACUGCAGUUUGCAGCUAGGACACCGCAUGCCUUCUCUCGGUGGAUUUGUAACUGUUCAACAUCCGCUGCAGAAAAAGUGAGAAGUCUCAAACAUCAUCCGCGGGUCAGUCGGUUUUCCUUCUCAUAAAUGUGAGCGAACUUGAAAGGAUUUAAAAGCGCCGCACUCCAGCUGCUUUUCCGUCAAUCUAACCGUUUACUUGGAGCGCAGAGAUCCAGCGACACUGGGACAUUGGCUAGCAUAAUCUUUCAUCAGAACACCAAACUUGCACCAGGUUGUUGCUGCUUGAAGGAGCAUGUUGCCAACGCUGUCCCUCUGCUCCAUCAUUUGGCUCAACCGGGGUAUCAAGCUGAGGAAAGUGCAGCUGUCGAGCAACACCGUCUAGAAACCACAGCACCAACACUUCGCAUCAGUGACUCAACAGCCACUUCAGUUUCUCACGGAGGAUUCCAUUGCAGACAAAAUCAGGUGGAAAAAAAGGAACUCAUCUGCUCUACAAAAUGGCAGCAGAUGGUUUCCAAUACCGUGCACUGUACACAUUUACCAAGGACCAGGGAGAGGACUUGGAUCUGCAGCCAGGAGACCUCCUGACAGUCAGCAAGGCCUCUCUGAUGUCAGUACAGAACUAUGAGGAGGGCAUUGAGGAGCACCCAGAGCAUCUAGGCUGGCUCCUAGGAUACAAUGAACGCACCAAGCAGAGAGGCGACUUCCCAGGGACGUUCGUUGAGUUUGUUGGUCUGAUCAAAAUGGCCCAUCCAUUGAAUCAGCCAAGGUCCCAGCGACCUCUCCCAGCUGCUCCCAUAUCAGAACCUUCUCAUGCUGGUUCUGUGCCAGACCUCAGCGAGCAGUUCACGACACCAGAGACGGCUCCCCCAGCCCUCGUCAGCCUGAUCCAAGCCAUAGAACAGAGAGGUCUGGACAGCAAAACAUUGUACAGAUCAGUAAGCACCUCAGACAGCUCGGUAUACACCCUGAGCACUGAAGGUGAUGCUGCCCAGGGUGACAUAGGUUACCUGUCUGAGACCGUCCUGCACUACCUGAGAGACCUCCCAUCACCUGUCAUCCCUGCAUGUGUCUAUCCACACCUUCACACUGCUAUCAUGCAGCAGCAGCUUCACCAGCAGUCAGUAGAUGGAGCUGUUGCUGGUAGCCAUGACAGAGAGGUCAGUCUGGUACUGGAGAACUCCACGGUGGUCCCUCUCCAUCAUCUUCUCACCCUGCAGUAUCUCCUCACACACCUGACCAAGGUGGUCCAGGCACAGGCCAACAAUGGCCUAGACACACACACUUUGGGAAAGAUCUUUGGUCCCCUUCUGAUUCGGACAAGCCCCUCUGCCCAAGGGUAUUCCUCGGAUGAGGAUUUUCCCAUGCUGGUGGUGGAGAGGCUGCUGGCAGAGAGAAGUGCACUGCAAGACUUCCCUCAUCCUGUUCUUCCAGCAAAACCAACCAAAUCAAAAAUAACACCAUCAGAUAUGAGAGAUAAAAGCAGCCUGCUGAACGAUGCUGAGUGGUACUGGGGAGAUAUUUCCAGAGAGGAAGUGAAUGAGAAACUACGAGAUACUCCAGAUGGAACCUUUUUGGUGCGAGACGCCUCCAGUAGACUGGAGGGCGAGUACACUCUCACUCUCAGGAAAGGAGGGAACAACAAAUUAAUAAAGAUUUAUCAUCAAGAGGGCCGGUACGGUUUCUCAGAGCCUCUUACCUUCCUGUCUGUGGUGGAGCUCAUCAGUCACUACCGCCACGAAUCCCUGGCUCAAUACAACGCCAAGCUGGACACCAGGCUUCUGUACCCUAUCUCAAAAUUUCAGCAGUUGGUUAAGGAGAACAGCAUAGAGGAGGUUGGAGAGCAGCUCAAGGUCUAUCAUGAGCAGUACCAGGAGAAGAGCCGCGAGUAUGACUCUCUGUAUGAGGAGUACACACGCACCUCACAGGAGCUGCAGAUGAAGCGAACAGCCAUUGAAGCCUUCAAUGAAACCAUCAAGAUUUUUGAAGAGCAGUUUGAGACUCAGGAGAAAUACAGCAGAGAGUCUCUGGAGCGAUUCCAGAGAGAGGGCAACGAGAAAGAAAUUCAAAAGAUCCAGAACAACUCAGAGCGUUUAAGGUCUCGUGUAAAGGAGAUCCAUGACAGUAAGCGUAAACUGGAGCAAGACCUUAAACAGCAGGUGUCUGACAACAGAGAGAUCGACAAGAAGAUGAACAGUCUUAAGCCAGAUCUCAUGCAGCUUCGCAAGAUCAGGGACCAGUACUUAAUAUGGUUGACACAGAAGGGAACAAGGCAGAAGAAGAUUAAUGAAUGGCUGGGCAUAAAGAACGAUGCUGAUGACUCCUACUCUCUGGAGGAAGAUGACAGCUCACCUCACCAUGAUGAGUGCACCUGGUAUGUAGGUGACAUCAAGCGCUCCAGGGCUGAGGAAAUGUUGAGAGGCAAAUGUGAUGGAACAUUUCUCAUCAGGGAGAGCCAAUCCCAGAAGGGCUCUUAUGCCUGUUCUGUUGUUGUUGACGGCGACACAAAGCACUGUGUCAUCUACAAGACCGCCACCGGUUAUGGAUUUGCUGAGCCCUACAAUCUGUACUCAUCUCUUAAAGAGCUGGUGCUCCACUACAAAAAUGUCUCCUUGGCUCAACAUAACGACCAUCUGAAUGUAAAUCUAGCCUACCCAGUCCUGGCCCGCUCCCAGAACCAGAAGUAGAACCAGCAGCCCAGAUGAAUAAUCUACCAGCAGGGGAUGGGGAACCUCUGUAACCUCUGUAACCCAGGACAGUGUCAGGUGAAAUAUAUCCACUGUCACUGUUUCACAGCCUGAUAUUUAGUUCCCUAACUGGACCCCAGUCCAUUAUAGAACACUCCUUGCCUGAAACAUGGCCUCACAAUAAGCACACCACUACUGAUACAGCUAGGCUGGCUGUUGCCAUAAGAGUCAGCCUCUACAUUAGGCUGGAGCAACUCUACUGUGUCAAAUAUAAAAAAAAAAAAAAAACAUCCAGAAGAAGGUAGAUUGGACACAGAGAAGUUAGAGACAAAAUGUGUUAAAGGAAAACUAAACGAGUAUUUCUUAAGGCUGCACAAAAGAAAUGGAAAUAACACAUAGUGAAGCUUUUGGAAAUAUUCAAGACUUCUUUGUGAUUUUUUUUUUUUCGCUUUAAGCACAAUGUCUUUGUAUAAACAAAUUCCCUAUGUGUGGACCUCAGAUUUCCCACAAUCUCCUCAUAAACAAAUGUCUGGUUUGUAAAUCUCUAAAGGAUUGGCUCGACUGAACCUGGCUGCUCACUCCUCACCUGAAGGUGAGCAGAGGCUGAGAGGAUACAGAAGGUUUGAAUUGGGCUGUGGGAUUUUAAGUGGUUGAAAUUAAAAAUGUUUGGAGACGUACCACUGCAAUAGCUUUGAGUGACCACAAGCCUCUGUCACUUUGAAUCUUAAGGGUUGAAGGACAGAAUUGGCAAGUGCACAGAUAUCACUGUGGGCACGGCUACAGCUUUAAAAGAUAUACAUGCAGGUAUAUUUUUUAUAGAAUCAUUUAUUUCCAUCUGCUUUGAUGUGUUGCUCUCUCAUUGGAUCUUAUUGAGCUAAUGAGAAACAUUAUCCAGUAAAUAUUGUAUAGGAGCAAAUGCAUCGUACGUAUUUGGUAUAUUGUCAUUUAAAAUAUAUAUAUUUUGAGUCACAGUACGCUAUAUUGCAAGGUACAUUUACAAACGCAGUUCCAUAAUUCAGGUUUGCUGCGUCUGAUGCCUCUUCCUUUUUUCCUUCCUCUUUCAUACUGUAGCAUCUGUAGCUAUUGACACUCAGCACUGUUAGUGCUCUUCUCAUGUGUGUAGUUUCACAAUGGUACCAAACCUUGUUUGAGUAUGUACCUUUGUGAUUCUUAUAUCUUUGGUACUGAAUUUGUUUCCUGUAGAGUUGGAGUAGACUCUUCGUGGUGUGAUCCCCACUCAGAUAAAUGUUUAUUAGCAUUUCUUUAAUGCAGUUUCUGAUGGUACAUCUCUGCUGCACCUGACUGUUGAUUUCAUCUGAUGCUUGAUUCAUAGAGCUGUAGAACAUUAAUGUACAGAAGAAGAGAAAAGAAGGCAGUAAUAUAUGUUGUGUACAGUAUAUUUUAGACCACAUGCAGUAGGUGUAUGUGACUUUAUAGAGUUUCUUAGCUGUUCCUUUAUUAGUUGUUUUCUUAGGUUCUGUUUGAGGAUGCAGAUGAUCCAACAAAUGUGAGCCCAGUGAAGGAUGUGUUCUCAUGUAGCACGACAGGAAAAAAAGAACACGUCCUUUUGCCAUUUAGCUAAGAGAUUACCCGUUACAACCUGUAUGGGUUGUUUUUGUAUUAUUUGGACAAAUGGUUGAAAAUCUGUUGGUAUGUAGUGCUUAGGUCAUGAUGUGUGGUCUUACAUCACACUACAUUUCUGGAUCAGUUCUUGCCUACUGUUCUGUGGUGUGGCAGUGAUCUCCUCUUAUUGUUUGUUUGUGUGUUUGGCUCCGGGUCCGAAUUGUGUCACCUCCAUUCAGUAUGACUUUUAAAGCACAGUUGUACAGAUGCAGAGACCUGCAGUGUAGUCAGUGAAAUCGCUGCAGAGAAAGGAGUCACGAGGCUGCUUUUAAACUUGAUUCUCAGACCUGAUUUCCGAAGCUAAACAAGUACAAAUCUUUCAUAAUUUCUUACACAAAUGACUCAGAAUGAUAAAGAGAAUAUAUAUGAGUAUAUAUUUUUAUAUAGGGUCAUGGAGCAGACAAGUCAUUUAUGAGCAAGUGUUUGAUACUGUUUGAUUUGUGUCUUUUUAUUGGGGGUUAGACAUGAUUCCAAAAUGUGAUAUUCACCAAUUAUUUGCUCCUAAAAGUAGGUGAAGAGGUGGUAUCAAAAAUUGUAUGUGAAGUCCUUACCUUCCAGCUCAAACAAAGCUCUUUGAGGGGCAUGACUUACUGAGCCUGGAACGUUCAGAUCAGGAUGGAUCAAUUGUACUAUACAGUAAUUUGCACAGUUCUUGGUACGGCGUAUAUCCCAAGAAUGAAACCAGAGGCGAUAGUAGUGCUUCUGAUAAUAGGGCUACAGUACCUGGGUGAGAUAGGUUAGAAGUGCCUUUUGUCAUUGUGAUGAGUUUGUUUUCUCCUUGUUGUCACUGGAGCGUCACUCCAUAAGAUGGUGCCAUCGUCACCAUGUUGUGCCACAUAGUUCACACAUUUGUCAUAUCUAAAGUUAAGUAACAUCUGGCAAAUAAGCCUAGCUGUGUGUGAUUGUGUCUGUGUUAGAGAAUCUGAGCAUGUUAAAGUCGAGAGAAUUACUGGCUUUACUGUUGUUACAUCUUUCUUUGUUUUUUGCAGCUGUACAGUAGCUUGGAUUCUCUCUUAUUGUGUACUAAAGCUUUGUUUUUUGUAUAUCUGUCUGGUAUAUCUUUAAACGAAACAUAGUGGAGUUAGAAAUGUGAACAAUAUCCAUGUUUAGCCAAGUCCAGUUCUUCAGAAGCCCACCAAGUUAAAGGAAUAUUCUUUUUUUUUUUUCUUUUUUUUUUUUCUUGAGGUGGGGUUGUGUGAAGUACAUAUGACUAGCAAGUGACUGACCUGCCGUAGACAGCUGUCAGCCAAAUCCUAGUUUGGAGAAUAAAUAAAAACUCUGGGGCCAAGGUAUUCUGCUCAAAGUGGGGGAAACAGUUUGCAAACAUCCAACAUCCAGGUCUGUUUUACAGCACCUUGUUGCACAUGAACAUCAGAAUGUGACUUUCAGAGAGGGAUGGAGUACAAACAGCAGGAAAAGAGAGACCAGGCCAUGUAUUUGUUAAAUUAAUCUGUUCCUGCUCUGGCUACAUCAACAUUCAGACCACUCUUUGGUUUUGUUGCAACAUUCUUCUAUAUGUUAAUGCUUCUGAUGUAUUUGCAUUAAUUCAGUUUGGAGGAAUAUAGAUCAGAGGCGGGCCAAUAAACUCUGUUGCAUUCUGUAAGAUAUACAUUUUAGACACUCGGCAAACUAUUUCUAUUAGCUGCUUCUGGUGAGAGUAGACUCUGCCUCACGUGUCUCAUUGAAUCUAAUCGUUCCAUCAACAUUUCAUUUAACUAUGGAACAUUCAUAAAGACAGUUAUAAAAGAAAAUGAUCUAGUGUAAAAAGACGUUUCUUGGAUUGUUGUUUGGCUCAAGAUUCUGUAGAGUGACCCUGCUCUUCACUUUUCUCAUGGUGCGACCAUUUGUACUCGGAAAUCGGAAUUUCUGACCUCUGAGUCGGACAUUUCAACUGGAACACUCCCAAAAGUCGGAAUUAAGAGUCGAAAGGUCGGGGCUCAAAUUUUGACAUUUUUCCUUCAAACAGAAACCUGUCCUUUGCCAGGUUAAAACAAAGCUAUGACUUUGACAUCAGUAAAUAAAUAGGUAGAUGUAGAGGUGCACCAAAGAGAAAUUUUAUGGCAUGUUUCUGAUAUUCCAUUUUGAAAAGCUCUGACCUGCUUAUGCCAAUUUUAGCUGAAUUGGAUUUCUCUUGAAGUACUAUAAAUAACAACAUUCAAAACUAUAUAUUUCUACUGCCUGGAAAAUUUGACUCUACUCACAAUAAAAAACUUAUUGUAAAAUAAAGUAACUAGGUUAGCUGUUUCCUUUGAAUAUACAUAAUUGAUUAUAAUUGAUUAUAAGGAUUAUAAUUGAUAUAAUCCUUCAGGCAUCGGGUUCUUUAUGAGUAAAUCCCAACUAAAAAGAAUUACAGCAUAUGGUAUUAAUAAGACAGAUUGUAGCCCACUAACUUAAAUCAAAAUGCGCAGAUUAAUACUGUAUAUGAGUAAGUAGCCCUUAACGGGGAGAUUCCUAAACACUGCCAGUAUUUUCCUGUCCAGCAUUUCCAUGAAAGAUUGAAUGGACUCUGAGUUGGGUAAAAAGUUUCGUUUAGUUGACCUACUAUGGUCCAGCUCUCUUGUGACCAGGUGACAUGCCUCCAUAGAAAAUACAGUGUCUGAUACUGAAUAUGGCUAACAAAGUUUUCUUUCUCCAGCAACUGCUUCCACUCUGAGGAGGGUUGUCAUAUUUGCAUUCACUGAUCUGCAUAAAGUUGUCUUCUGGUCACCAGCCAAUUUCUCGGUGCAUCUCUGCUUAGAUGUCCACAUCUUGAGAACUUCUUAAAACUAUUUCAGUCUUUUAGCUUUUAGUAUGGCUUACAUUUCCAAGGGUAACUUGUAACUCUCAUAGUCAGAUUACCAGAGACCUGUAGAUUGAAUGCUUAAAUCCCUAGAGAUUAAAUGCACUGAAAAUGUAACACCCACUUUCAAAAUUAAAUCAAUGGCUUGAAUAAAUGCUUAUGUAGCUAAUUUCAUACUAAUUUCACACCAAUAUUAGAUGUUACCAGUGCAAUAAAGAUCCCUCUGCAAAAUGUUAACCCAAGGGGAAAACAUGGCUCCAGGAUCACAAAUCUUUCCUGAUUCUCUUUGCUGGGAUUGUCAUUACCACUGUCUACUGAAGGUACUGCUGAACAUGCAUGCAGCCUCCCUCAGUGUUUUUGUUUCUAAGCUUUGUGAGCAGCUGAUUUGCUUAGGUUAGUUAUAGUUUGAUGGACCAACACUAUAGCGAUUGCAUGUUUUUUAUUUCAGCUUCACACACUCAAACACGUGCAGAGUCCAACACUCUGAAACGAACAGACAGCAGAUAUGCUUUAUUAGUAGUGUUUUUUAGUUCGCAAUGUUAUGUUCAAUAUAUUACAAGUAAUUCACAUGUCUUUUUUAUAUUGGAGUAUAAAGUGUACAGUUUCUGCUUUUGCUGUUCUGCUGUCAGUAACUGUAUUGUAUUUUGCUUAUGGCAUCAUUUUUCUCAUUUUUAUCAGGUGAAUUGUAUCAAGCCUGUUGUAUUUUGAAAACAAACUGAAAAGAGAGCUGCAGGCUCGUUUAUGCAAUUCCUGUCCACUCAGCAAAACAUGUUACUUUACUACAUUGGAUUUUCUUAUAGAUCGGUUUUUAUAAAUGGUAGAGAGGUAUUUUUCACUCUGUUGUUACCUAUAGCUGCAGAUAGUUGAGGUUUUGUUGUAACUACUUCUUACCUUUUAGAAUUUGGCAAUUCAGAUUUUGUAUUGCUCCUAGGAAACAUGCACUAAGCACUAAGUUAAACACUUCAAAACUGUCUGGUUUUGAUGUAAUUCAGGAAACAUGCAGACCAGUAAUGUGGGUUUAACAUAUUAAAACAUUCGGAUCGACAGUGAAUUGCAUAGUUGGUGACUUAACAAAUUUUGUUAUUGAGUUCAGUUCAGUUAAGGUUAUUUAAUUUAAUCUCUCUAAGAAAGCGCAGUAACAUCCUGAGCAAUCAAAUAAUCAAAUAUCUUCGUGAAAUGCUUAUGUAUCACUUGUUAAGUCAAAUGUUUUCCAGUCAUUACAUUUUUGCAGGCUUUCCCUAGUUAUGAGGAAUGCUGCGUUUUUUACCCAUGUUAACUAGCUGGAGUUCUUGCAGCAAAGAAGAUAAAAGGGGCAGAAGCUAAAGACAUUAAGCUUUAUCCUCUUUAAAAUUAUUUCUUUUAAGACAAAUGAUCGCUCAUUUUCUCACCAUCAGACGAAAAGCAUAUCUUAACACCAAGUAAAAAAAACUUUGAAAAGUAUUUGUUGUUUUGUAGACUUUCAAGGGCAAGAUUUAGUAAAGUGUAAUCUUUAAAGGUAAUUGUUAAGAAAUCUGUUUUUUUUUUUUUUAGAACUUCAUUCUGAUUAGUGUGUGCUUUAAGCCAGUCAGAAACACCCUGAUGUGAACUGAUGUUUAGAGCUGCUUCAAGGCUGCUUUGGCUGAAUCCUGUUUUCUGUGUUUUCCUGUCCCUACUGCUUCCCACCUAAUUCACGCUAAAAUAUUCCAGUCAGAAAUAAAUCCACGUACUCAUUUUAUGCAAACAGACAAGUCUAUAUGAACUUUAGUGUUGUGUAAACUAUUUGGAAUCAUGCAAAAUACAUUAGCAUAUGCUAUACUUUGUGUUUUUAGGGAAUAAGAAUGUUAUAACAAAUAUACCCUAUAGGAAAAUAAAUCUCCUUUAAUGAAUCAUAAAUGUAUUUAAUAGUGUUAUGGCAUUGUAACAAAAAUAUAUGCCUAAUGACAUAUAGUGGUUUUAAUUUGCCAACUUUAGGGAAACUAAUGUUUAAACAUCCUUUAAUUAUACUGAUGAUUAGUCUUACUGCAAGACUCACAAAAUUUGAUGAACUUGAUAAAUUGAUGUCCCACAAAGAUAAUGCCUCAGAAUGGAUUUUUGCUUUCUGUAACUGAAACAGUUUAAAACAAAAUACAUUGGUAUGCAUCAAACUACAGAUUCUGGUGGUUGUUUUAGUAGUUUAACAUUUUAUCUUGAUAAAUAUUUUCAUCCAUUUUAUUCCGCUUAGGACUAAGUAACAGUGAUAUCGGACGCAAUACAUAGGAGAUAUUCUGAUCAAAAAUGUUAACUGAGAAAAAAAAAUAUUGUUUUUUAAUGGCUAAGAAGCUGUACCCCUUUGCCCUCCCCCUUCUCCAUGAGAACAGUUGGGAAGCCCUACAUCUUAAUGCAGGGUUGAGGACUAAGGAGGGGCAGGGACUAAUGGGAUUCAGCCUUUGCAGUUCUUACAAACCAUUUCUACCCAUCCAAAGCAGCACCAAGCAGCUUAAUAUAAAGUAUUAGAGAUUACCAGGUGCAUUGUGAGGAUGACGUGAGCUCAUGCAUAUGUGCUAAUAUUUCCUAAAGCAGAUCUGUGUUUGACAUAGCCCUGGCUGCUUUGCAUUUCUUAAAUAUCAGAAAGUGUUUAUUGUUUUCAUUUCUUUACACUAGAAUCUACUUGGUUUGGACAAUUCUAUUUUUUGUGAGUAGAGGCAGGUUUAAAGCCGCACCACGAACGACACAGUUUAUGCUGCCUUAGAGAUCCGGUGUUCCUGCUGUGUCUCUCUCCAGCAGAUCUUUGUGGUUGCUGAAGACGUUGUAUUGAGUGAACUCAGCCAGAAGAGACAAGGAACAGCAAAACUUGUCACUUCUUUCGGCUGGUCUUUGUGCGUGGAACGAUGAUGUCAUUAGAGAGGGAUCUUUCAUGGUGCUUGUGUGUAUUUUCAUUUUUAUUAUUUGGCUUUUUUUUAAAAGCUCAUUUGUCUAGCCAUGUGUUGUUUUUUAUAUUAUCUGUUAAUGGUAAACUUACAGAGCCUAUACAGAAAAAAAUAAGCUAGCUUGAUUUUUUUUUUUUUUCUUUUAUACAGAAAAAACAAAUACAAAUGUUUACAAGAUGUCAUUAACCAAAUAGUAAAAGUGGGCUUGAGAAUCAAUCUGUCUGUCCCUCCAUAUGACUGUGAUAGAUUGAUAUAUCUAACUUUUAUUUCCUGUCAGUGUAAACUUGAAGAUGUUAUGACUGCUUUUUCUCUUUUUUUUUCUUUGACUUUGUGAAACCUUAGUUGUUUUCAGAAUAAUAACUCAGCAGUGUGGUUCCUGUCCAUUUUACUCUGCUCCUUACGAGUCCAUAUGCUCUACCUGCUGACUACUUCGACUCACACUGAACCUUUAUGUGCUUGAACUGAACUUGAGACCCUGUUGAAUCUCUUGCUGUUUCUGUUCACAAUGAGGUAGAUUUCACUGUGACUCUGCCUGGAGGAUUUUGAUAAAGGUCACUACAAAGAAUUUCAGGAGCUUGGACAGAAGUGUUGUAAACGAUAAAAGGCGCCACUUGGCAAACAUACUUGAGUACCAAUUUAGUACAAUAAUUGUAAAGUCAGGAACAACUGUCAGCUAUCUAUUGUUUAUUUUGCACUAUACAGCAAAGGAUCUUAGGAUGAAAACCUGAAAUAAUUUAUCUUUGGGUUGUUAGCUUACUCUUUAAGACCAAAACUUAGCCAUAUUAUGUCACUUUGUGUGUGUAAAAUAUGAGAACUGCACUUUCAUUUCCCCUCCUUUUCACGUCUUUACUUCUUAGGAAAGGAAGGUUGCUAGACUGUAAAUUUGACAAUAUAAACAGUCUUGUGGAAGAGUAUGUUUCCUCUUAUAGAAUUCUUCCAAUUUUGUUUUGUUUUCCACAUUAUCACAGAUUUAAUUAUCAAAGAUAAUCUAAGUAAAUGCAAAGUCGUUUUCAAAUGAUUUCAUUUAUUAGGGGAAAAUAAGUUAUCCAUAGCAACUUAACUGUCAAAGUCACUUAGACAGUACCUUUCUAACAACUUAAAGUAGGCAAAUUGAUUUAAAAAAGAAAAACAUCAUACCCUGAUCUAAAGAACCCAGAACAGCAUCUUAAUAAUUCCAGCCCUCACUUGCCUCAGUUAAAGUCAAUUAUCAUGACAAAGAGACUGGGGGAAAUGGCAUCCAUUGGAGAGCUGUAAGGUGUAAAUUGGUACUGACCAGAAAGAACAAAGACUCAUCUCACAAUGGCCAAAACUCAUCUUAUCGCCAAGAAUUUGGGAAAAAUGUUCUGUGAUCUGACGAGACAGUUUGGUGUAAAACUACCAGCAUUUCAGACCAAGAACGCCCAAAACGUGGUGGUGGUAGUGUGAGGGUUUGGCGUUGCUUUGCUUCUUCAAGACCUGAAAGCCUUGACAUAAUCAACUGAAACUUGAAUUCUGUUGUGUAGUGAAACGUCCUGAAUGUUUGGCUAUCAGUCUGUGACCUUACGUUUAUGCAGCACUACAAUGAUCCAAACCACACCAUCAAAUCAACCUCUGAAUAGCUAAGAUUAAGAAAAUUGCAAAAGAAGGCCUAGUCAAAGUCAGGGCCUAAAUCCAAUUGACCUUAAACAGGCUGUUAAUGAUGUAACACCCUCCAAUGUGGGUGAACUCAAAUGAUUUUGCAACAAAAGAGUGGAUCAGAUUAGUAAAGACUCAUUGGCAGGGUGUAAGUUGGCACAGCCACUUAUUAGGUUUAGGGGGAACCAUAUUUCCACAUAGGGCCGGGUUAGGGGCCCUAAUAACUGAAAAUACUCAUUUGAAAUUGCCUUUUAAAUGUACUCAGGUUAUCUUUGCAAGUACUUAAAUUUGAUGAUAUGAAACAUUUAAGUGGGACAAAUGCUUUUCACAGCACUGUUUGUGUUGUUUUUACCCACUGGUGUACACAAAUUCUGUGUUAGUUUUGGCCAAGGGUCGGUCAGCUUCAUUUUCAAUUCUACAUUUCUGCUUUAGCUCUAAGGUAACGUUAUUUAAAGUUUGGGUUACUGUCAGCAAGAUCUAGCACUAACAACACAAUAAUAAGAAUGACACGAACUAAUUAGUUAAAAAAAGGAUAAAUGGAAAUGGAUGGAGCAGUCACAUGAAGCUACUCUACACCAAAGUGCAAUUGAAAGCAGAAGGAAAAUUGCUGUUUCAGCCUUCAUAGGCCUGCUGGUUGUGUUGUGCCCAACCAUGAUGCACAGAAGACAGCUGUUCCUCUCUCAUUGUUCUCCUGUUGGUCUGUCUUAACUGAUAUGACAUUUCUUUCUUUCUCGCUAAUGUACAUGUUGCCACAGAGUUGUUUGUCAUCAAACAGGUACUCUUUAAACUGUACGGAUCAUUCUGUAGGUUAAUGCCAUGAUUUAAAAGACAAUAAAAGCUUUUAAACUGAA